UGCAUCAGGCAAAGCCGUUGCGAAAAUAUCCCCGCUCUUCCAACUCACUCGGGCGAUACACCAAACAAGUCAGCUUUACCCUCUCGAAAUAGCACAAUAAUCGCGGCUAUCAACAAUUCUCCAGGCGCGCGAUUAACAUCGAUUUCGCAAAGACUUCCGUUCCCAAGCUUUAUGCGCACUUCAAUCCCCGCUGUCACGCAUCAAACCACCCUUCUGCACGUUCCUUGCCAAUUAACUACAAGCGCACUGUGUAAAACCAAGGAAACAUACAGGUUUUCUCUCACCGAUUCAAGCUUCACACAGCCCCCAUUCGCGAACGCUUUCUCAAAGCACAACUACGCCGCUCGGCAGCAAUUGCCAAUCUCCCAUUCCAUCCUCAUCCCAAGUCGAAACCCCAGUGAGGAUCUCGCCCGUGGCCCCAUCCAACCGUGCCACCUCAACCACCACCGCCACAAUUCAAUUCCCUCAUACCCGUGCUCUCGUUCGCUCCUACUCUGUCAUACUGGCCGAAAAUGGUUACGCGCCGCCUCGCUGAGAGGCCUAACCCACCCGGCCCAAUGACCGGCUCUGGAAAGCAGGUCAAGAUAUUUUUGGACCCCAAAAUACAAGCCACAGGGGAGCAAAGGUGUACCAGCCACAGGGUGCCACAAGGCUGGGGUCAGGAUGGUCAGUCUGUUUGGUUUGGAAUGGUUGGGCUGGGUUACAUCAACGGUGAUUGUAAAUGACUUGACUGCUUGCUCAUCCUUCGGCCUCAACUC